CUGCCGGCGGGGCCGCCCCGCGCACACGGCCGCGUCCCCGCGGGGCUGGGCGGGGGGAUCGGGCUUCGGCUUCCCCUCCCCGGGAGCGCCUGACGGGCGGGCAGGGCCGGGGCCGGUGGAGGGGAGGCGGCCGGGGCACCCCGGUCCGGCCGAUGCUGGCGCUGCCCCGCGCAGCACCGGGUUCCAGCGGGCUGGUGGCGGCGGUCGGGACUCAGGGGGGGGCCCCCGGCGUCCCUUCCCCUUCCCCUUCCCUCCCUCCGCGGCGGGCGGCCCUGGAGGAUUUUCUCCCGCCGCGGCCCCCUCGCUGCCCCCCAGACAUGGUAGGUCACCUCCAGCUGCAAGGGAUGGACGAGAGCCUGAAGGAGAAGAGCCGGGAAGGCUUGCUGGACAGCCCGGACUCGGGGCUGCCCCCCAGCCCCAGCCCCCCCUUCUACUCGCUGUCGCCCGGUGAGGGCCGGGCAGGGGGCAGCGGCGGUGCGGACCCCCCGGCCCCGGGGCACCGGCGAGAGGCCAAGGACGGCAAAGUGAUGCCUUACCUGCUCCUGAACCCGUCCAUGCCAGAGAUAAGGCCUCGAAUGCACCCUGUGUUUUUUGGAGAAAGCAUUGAGGUCAGCCCUGAGCCCGUGCAGGAAAUCAGGUGCAAUUCCGAGGUGAAGUACGACUCCGAGAAGCAUUACCGGGACGACAUUUUCUACGGCCCCAUCCCCACCGUCACCACCUACAGCGAGACAAUCAUCGCUGCUCCCAACUGCACCUGGCGGAACUACAAGUCCCAGCUGAUCUUCGAGCCCCGCCAGAAGCCACUGAGGUUUCAGAGCACAACCAUCAUUUUUCCCAAGCGUGCCAAGAACAUUUACCGGACCACCCUCAGCUACAGCUUGGGUUGUGCCAAGCGUUGGUUCGCUUCCAGCGUGCAGCUGGAACUCUGUGAGGAAACCAGCCCGUGCGUCAUCUACAGCGAGACCCUCUGAUCCGCCCUGGCAACCGCGCGACCUCCGGGAAGGCCGCGGCCUUCGCUGGGCCUCUGGCUGGGCCUUCAUGGAUGGCGACUGAACAUCAGUGGCUGGAGAACACCUCGUCGUGGUUUCCUGUGAACUCCCUGCCACGCCGGUCUCAUGCCCGCUCUGCCCCUGCCCCGGCCAGCUCGGAGGGCUCUGGAGAAUCAACGUCUACAACCAG